GGUGUGGUGGGUCGUCGGUCAAAAGGGGUUGUGAUCGCCGGUUGGAAGGGGUUGUGAGUUGCCGGAAGGAUGAAGGGAUGGUGAAGUAGUAAGGGUAUGAUUGUCCAUUCACACCAAAUGUUGGCGGUGGUGAUCAUUUUUGUUGGCGGUGUUUAGCAAUCCACUAAUUAAAUACUCAGAUUUUAAUCCUAAUUAAGUACUAGUACGAUGACAAAGAUAAUGAACAAUAAAAAUGAGAAGAAAAAUGAUCUUUAUUUGAAUCUUUCUGUUGCUUUCUAAUCUUCUAUGGUCGAAACUCAAAGGAAACUUUCAAUUUCUGACAUCCCGCAUUUUCUCUCUCCUCCUUCAAUUCUCUUUGCUCCUUACUUCUUUAUUUUCGAUCUCCCAGAAUUCCUCGCUUUUAGAUUUCAUCUGGGUGAUCCUAGUUAGUUGAUGGGUCAAUUUUGAUCUUGGCAAAAAGGUUAAGUGACACGAGGAUGAAGGGGAGUAUUUUGAGGCUGAGGGCUACAAAACUCUCUCUCAUCCUCAUUACUGUAGUUUGCACAACGUUUCUUUUGUGGGGAUGGGACAAAACUCCUUUCCUUGUUUCAUUACUUCCCAAGAGCCAAAGCCUCAAACUCUCUCCAGAUAUAUUAAUUGGUUUCCCUAUGAAAAACAUUUCUUCGGAGCCAAAGAAGAAGGAUGCCGACAAAUUGCCCUUUCCUGCAAAAAAUGAGACAUCAAAUAAGCAUGAAGAAUAUGACAAAAGAAGCAGAAGAGAGGAUGGAGAAAAUUUUAAAGAAAAACUCAGGGACGCAUCAGUGCCAGUGGACUCUGUGAAUACUAGUUCUGUGGUUACCGGCAAGAAGAAAGGCAAUGUAUCAUAUCAAGUUAAAAACCAAACCUGCGAUUUUUCCAAAGGGAAUUGGAUUGCAGAUGAUAAUCGCCCUUUCUAUUCUGGAGGUCGUUGUCUGCAAUGGCUGUCAGAGAUGUGGGCAUGUAGGCUGACAGAUCGAACAGAUUUUUCAUUUGAAAAGUUCCGCUGGCAACCAAAAGAUUGUGAAAUGGAAGAAUUUAACGGAAAAAAGUUUUUGAGAAGGAUGCGGAAUAAAACCUUGGCUUUUAUUGGGGAUUCGCUUGGCCGACAGCAAUAUCAGUCUUUAAUGUGCAUGGUAUCAGGUGGUAGGUUAAGGCAUGAUGUCGUUGAUGUGGGUAAGGAAUAUGGUCUAGUGAAAGCCCGGGGUGCCAUACGGCCUGAUGGAUGGGCUCAUCGUUUCACACGCACGAAUACAACUAUCCUUUUUUACUGGUCAGCAUGUCUUUGUGACUUGCAGCCUGUGAACCCAUCUGACAAAAAUUCUGAAGUUGCCAUGCACCUUGAUCGCCCUCCAUCUUUUCUUAGCCGCUACCUUGAUAAAUUCGAUGUUAUAGUUCUUAAUACUGGACACCACUGGAAUAAGGGCAAGUUUGAUGGAAAUCACUGGGUCAUGCAUGUGGGAGGUGUACCCAACCCGAACAAGAAUGUGGCAGAGGCGAAAAAUUUCACUGUCCACAGUAUAGUCAAGUGGGUGGACUCUCAGCUCCCGCAGCGUCCAAAAUUGAGGGUGUUUUAUCGUUCUCUGUCCCCACGACAUUUCUUCAAUGGAGAUUGGAAUUCGGGUGGGACUUGUGAUAAUAUUAAUCCGCUUUCUAAGGGUAAAGAGGUUCUAAAAGAGGAGAGUGGUGAUCCAAUAGCUGCUUCGGCAGUGAAGGGGACAAAUGUGAGAUAUUUAGAUAUUACAGCUCUUUCCGAGCUUAGAGACGAAGGUCAUAUAUCUAGGUAUACUAUCAAACCUAGGCAGGCAUCUGGACAAGAUUGCUUGCAUUGGUGUUUGCCUGGGAUUCCUGAUGCGUGGAAUGAAAUCCUUUUUGGCCAGCUUUCAGCAUUAGGCAGAUUUUAGAGUAUGAUGGGUUACACAGAUUCUUCAAUUGACCUCAAAUACUCGUGUUGAACCCUCAACACUUGAAUUCACACUUCAUUUUGGACCAAAUACAUGGAACUUUUUCACAAGAUAGUCGAGUGACAUUCUGACACAUAAUUCUAUUUGACAUAACUACCCUAACAGAGGUCAGUACCGGAAAUACGUCCUUCAGCUUUAUGAGAGCUUCUGGGUUUUAACAUAAGGCAUGCAUGAGUAUACGCCCACACAGCCAAAGUGGUUUCCUCUGAGGCUCUUUGUACUUCUGUGUCACUCUCAUCUUCAAUGAAUGUUUGGUGGAUCCGUGAGUACCCGAGGAUGAAGCAUUGCAUGGAGAGAAGCAGCUCGAGUUUGCACUUUAAAUGUUCGGAUAAGGCAGUAUUUGGGUGACUAGGAAUGAAGUAACAGCAAUAUGGUGGAAGAUGCUGCUGUAUACUUGAUAAUGCUAGUUUGUGCUGGAUAAAUGUGAUUUGCAGAUUCUUUUUAGUGGCAUCUAUUGCUCAUUUGCUCCAGCUCCUCUUCCCCUCAUUUCAGUUUCGACAUGUAUACUAACACAUAGAUCUUGAUUUAUGUUCUUAUUCUUUGGUUAAUUGAAAAAAAUCGCCAUGAUAGCCAUUUUUCCUGCAA